AUGCGUCAAUGGAUGGAGGGCGGUGUCGCGGAAGUUCCGUCUGAAUUACUUGAUCUCAUUGCAUCAACAGGUUCCGGGUCAUCUUUGUCGUCUGGUAGCACUAAUAAUAGUCUCGAUACUGAUAAUAUCGAACCAGACAAUUCGUCACAGAAAGAAGAAGAAGAAGACACGUCACUUGGUUUAUGGCUGAGUAUUAGUGUCCCAUUGAUUUUACUCUUGACGUGUAUUGUCAUUGUGACACUCUAUUGCAAACGGAAGAAGGAGAAACCAACACUUAUGGAGACGGAGACGGGGUCAUUGCCAUUACCAAUAACGUAUCAUCUUGGAAGACGAAGAGGAGGUCCAAAUACGAGAAUGGCUACAUUGACGACUGAAGAUGAAGAAGCUCUGGCAUCUUGGAGAAUUGAUGCAGAGAAUAUAUCGCCUAUUAAUCCAUUGGGUGCAGGAGCCUAUGGUACCGUGUGGCUUGCAAUGUACUUGGGUGAGACGGUAGUGGUAAAGAAACUCUCGCCACCGAUGCCACCGUCAUUACCUCGGACGAAAUCAUGGCGGAAAAGUAAUCGGCAAAGUGUCGGCAGAACAAGAGCAAAUUCUGGGUCUAAUAUACGACCAAGAACCAAGUCACGUGGACCAUCGGGAAAAUGUGUCUUGCGUCGGUUUUUAGCAGAGAUUCGUAUCUUAUCGACCUUGAGUCACCCAAAGAUCGUGGCAUUUUACGGUGUGGCAUGGACUUCGCCGUCGAAAUUGGACUCGAACAAUGAACUGACUGGUAAUGCAUCGGACGUACAGAUGGUGCUCGAGUUUAUGAGUCGUGGCGAUCUACGGGAUUAUUUGGCUCGCACUCGGAGUGAUGUGCGGGCUCGAGCUUGGGGGUCACAAAAAAUGUCGAUGGCGCUGGAUAUUGCCGAAGCUCUUGCUUACUUGCACUCGAGACAACCAAAGCCGAUUCUUCAUCGCGACCUAAAGUCGAGCAACAUUUUGCUGGAUUCGGCGUUCACGGCAAAGGUCGCAGAUUUUGGAGACAGUCGACACGGCAAUCCUCAAUUAAUGGAAGGCGAGGAAGGCGACGAUGACUUGGAUGAUCUGAUUGCAAUGACACGCUCAGUCAGUAAUAUCCGAUGGAUUGCACCCGAAGUUCUGUCGGGAGACGCCCGAUACUCGACGAAAGUGGAUAUCUACUCGUUUGGAGUCAUUCUAUCGGAACUUGACAGCCAUGAGCUGCCGUUCUCCGACAUAAAGCUCUCGAAUGGCCAGCCGUUGCCUGAAAGUGCCGUAAUUAAGCUGUUGCGUACUGGAGCCAUUCGUCCGUCACUAUCCGAUCGAUGUCCUCGCGGAGUGGUAAUGCUAGUUAUGGAGUGUUUGGCUCUAGAUCCAGCACUGCGACCCACGGCAGCACAGGCAGCCGAUAGACUACGAGCUUUAUUGGAGCGCGAGCGUCGCGUCAGUGACAUUGGUGACGACGUGAGUUCGAGCAGCCAUAAUUCGUUCCUGGGUGCCAAAGACGACCAUGGAAGUACCUACAGUAGCAUUGACAGCUGCAGUUGCACCAUAUCGAUCGAGCGUGGAUUUAGUGAUACGGUGUAUGAGGAGCGCUAA